AUGCUGCGCCAUACAUGCAGGCGGUUGUUACUUAAUGUAUCGGGGGAGAGCCCGUCGUUCCGUGCAAAGCCCAUACGGAAUCUGCAGAUGGAUGUGCAGAUGAGCCCCUACAAGGAGCAAUUCAAAGACUACUGGUCCACACCCGUGCCAUGGGCAGAUCGCGAGUACGGCGAGAAGCCAAAACUCGGGGCUCCCGUUCCCACGCGUCGGGCUGCAACGGCGGUUGUGAUUGGAAUGAACCGUCACGCCGACAUGGCGAAGGUUGAACGCGGUGAGGACAAUGAUUACAAGGUGCUCAUGAUGUAUCGCGAAGGAAAAAGCCGCUUUGUGCGGGACCAGUUCAUCCUACCGUCAAUGCCAGUGAGUUUGGAGGAUAGUUCGGAGGAUUGGGAAAAGAUUCUCCGCCGCCGCGGUGUGAAAACUCAGUGGACGGACCUGCAUCACCGCCUCUGCGCGAUGCGGGCGCUAUUUGCACAAAUGAAUAUUCUUCUCAUUCCAAAGGAGGGGGGCGGGCUUGCGGAGGUUGAGGGACCGCCUGGACCCAAGAAGUGGCACUUGCUCGUCCAUUCAAACCCCAAGGCAAUGAAGAACCUGGUGGAUGUUCUGGAGUUACCGAUGGAAACGUGUUUGUCACAGCUGCUGCCGUUCCGCAGCAUCACAACACCAACAACGGAAACCUUUCGUUUCUGCAAUCUCAAUUACCUGGUGCCCUUUGAGAAGGUACCGGACGUGCGAUUUACUAUUAGUACUCUGGGAGAGAAGCUUGUGUGGGUGUCACCGAUGGAGGCCAUGGCACGUUUUAACGCCGGUAUCAUGAACAUGCCCACGCCCAGCCUUAUUCUUCUGUCUGAGUUGAACAACGAGUGCCCCACCUUUGCGGAUGUGAUGAAGCGGAAGCCACACGACAGUUACCGCGAUGUCCUCCCUGAGUUGUUUCGUCACAACCAAACAAAAGUCGCCACAAUCCUUCUCCCUGGUGACCUUCAACACACCAGCACAACAGAAGAAGAUAAGGCUCAACAAUAUGUCCGUCGGUUUGUGUAUGAAAAGGAUUACCCCUUCGGUGUGCGCGCGGUGUUUGAGGAACGGCCGGCGACGGUAGAGGAAUCAGCGGGACCUUUAGAGCAGGAAAUGCCCAAAUUGUUGGAGGAGGCAAAUGAAAUGGAUAUGGUUUACGCCGAGGUGCCGUACCCAAAGAGGGAGAAGCGGCCGGAGGAAAUCGGUCGUACAGCAUUUGCCGUUCCAAAUUACACUUUUCAAGAGGGAGUGGAGAACGCAGAUGGCGUCAUCCCAGUGAAGAAGCGGAACAUCGGAAGCGUGGGGGAUUUGUACUCGCACACAAAAUAA